AUGGCCGUCUUUGGGGAGGCAGCACCCUAUCUCCGAAAGUCAGAAAAGGAAAGAAUUGCAGCCCAGAACAAGCCUUUCGAUGCCAAGACAUCCGUCUUUGUGGCCCAUCCUAAGGAAUCCUUUGUGAAAGGGACAAUCCAGAGCAGGGAAUCAGGGAAGGUCACUGUCAAGACUGAAGCUGGAGAGACCCUGACCGUGAAGGAAGAUCAGGUCUUUGCCAUGAACCCUCCCAAGUACGAUAAAAUCGAGGACAUGGCCAUGAUGACCCACCUCCACGAACCCGCUGUGCUGUACAACCUCAAAGAGCGUUACGCAGCCUGGAUGAUCUACACCUACUCGGGUCUCUUCUGCGUCACUGUCAACCCCUACAAGUGGCUGCCGGUGUACAACCCGGAGGUGGUGUUGGCCUACCGAGGCAAGAAGCGCCAGGAGGCCCCUCCACACAUCUUCUCCAUCUCUGACAAUGCCUAUCAGUUCAUGCUGACUGACCGCGAGAACCAGUCCAUCCUGAUCACCGGAGAAUCCGGUGCAGGGAAGACUGUGAACACAAAGCGUGUCAUCCAGUACUUUGCAACAAUUGCAGCGAGUGGGGAUAAGAAGAAGGAGGAGCAGUCAGGCAAAAUGCAGGGAACGCUUGAGGAUCAAAUCAUCAGCGCCAACCCACUGCUGGAGGCCUUUGGAAACGCCAAGACCGUGAGGAACGACAACUCCUCACGCUUCGGCAAAUUCAUCAGAAUCCAUUUUGGGGCCACAGGCAAACUGGCUUCUGCUGACAUUGAAACCUAUCUGCUGGAGAAGUCCAGAGUCACUUUCCAGCUCAAGGCAGAAAGAAGCUACCACAUAUUUUAUCAGGUCACCUCCAACAAGAAGCCGGAGCUAAUUGAAAUGCUCCUCAUCACUACCAACCCAUAUGACUACCCUUUUGUAAGUCAAGGUGAGAUCACUGUUCCCAGCAUUGAUGACAAGGAGGAGCUGAUGGCUACAGAUAGUGCCAUUGACAUCCUGGGUUUUACUGCUGAGGAAAAGACUGCCAUUUACAAGCUGACAGGAGCUGUUAUGCACUAUGGGAACCUGAAGUUCAAGCAGAAACCAAGAGAGGAGCAGGCAGAGCCUGAUGGCACAGAAGUUGCUGACAAGGCUGCCUACCUUAUGGGUCUGAAUUCAGCUGACAUGCUCAAGGCACUGUGCUACCCCCGAGUCAAGGUUGGGAAUGAAUACGUGACCAAAGGUCAAACUGCACAACAGGUGCACAAUGCUGUAGGUGCUCUUGCAAAGGCGGUGUAUGAGAGAAUGUUCUUGUGGAUGGUUGUUCGUAUCAACCAACAGCUGGACACGAAGCAGCCCAGACAGUACUUCAUUGGUGUGCUGGACAUUGCUGGCUUUGAGAUCUUUGAUUUUAACAGCUUUGAGCAGCUGUGCAUCAACUUCACCAAUGAGAAACUGCAACAGUUCUUCAACCACCACAUGUUCGUGCUGGAGCAGGAGGAGUACAAGAAGGAAGGAAUUGAAUGGACAUUCAUUGACUUUGGGAUGGACCUAGCUGCCUGCAUUGAGCUCAUUGAGAAGCCCAUGGGCAUCUUCUCCAUCCUGGAAGAGGAGUGCAUGUUCCCCAAGGCAACUGACACCUCUUUCAAGAACAAGCUCUAUGACCAGCAUCUGGGCAAGUCCGGCAACUUCCAGAAGCCCAAGCCUACCAAAGGCAAGACUGAGGCACACUUCUCCUUGAUCCACUAUGCUGGCACAGUGGACUACAACAUCACUGGCUGGCUGGAAAAAAACAAGGACCCUCUGAACGAAACUGUCAUUGGGUUGUACCAGAAAUCAUCACUGAAAACAUUGGCCUUACUCUUUGCCAACUAUGGUGGAGCAGAAGCUAGUGCUGGUAAGAAAGGUGGCAAGAAGAAGGGUUCUUCUUUCCAGACUGUCUCAGCCCUUUUCCGGGAGAAUUUAAACAAGCUGAUGACCAAUCUGCGAAGCACCCAUCCCCAUUUUGUACGCUGCAUCAUCCCAAAUGAAACAAAAACACCUGGUGCCAUGGAGCAUGAACUGGUGCUUCACCAGCUGCGGUGUAAUGGCGUGUUGGAAGGGAUCAGAAUUUGCAGGAAGGGAUUUCCCAACAGAGUCCUGUAUGCAGAUUUUAAACAGAGAUACAAAGUGUUAAAUGCAAGUGCUAUCCCAGAGGGACAGUUCAUUGACAGCAAGAAGGCUUGUGAGAAGCUCCUUGGAUCAAUUGAUAUAGACCACACUCAAUACAAAUUUGGUCACACCAAGGUGUUCUUCAAAGCUGGGCUGAUAGGCCUCUUGGAAGAGAUGAGAGAUGAGAAGCUGGCACAGCUCAUCACCCGCACACAGGCCAGGUGCAGGGGCUUCCUGAUGAGAGUGGAGUACCAGAGAAUGGUGGAGAGGAGGGAGUCCAUUUUCUGCAUCCAGUACAAUAUUCGUGCAUUCAUGAAUGUCAAACACUGGCCUUGGAUGAAGCUGUUCUUCAAGAUCAAGCCCUUGCUGAAGAGUGCAGAAUCUGAGAAGGAGAUGGCCAACAUGAAACAAGAGUUUGAGAAAACCAAGGAAGAGCUUGCAAAGUCUGAGGCAAAGAGGAAGGAGCUGGAGGAGAAAAUGGUGAAACUGGUACAAGAGAAAAAUGACCUGCAGCUCCAAGUGCAGGCUGAAGCUGAUGCUUUGGCUGAUGCUGAGGAAAGAUGUGACCAG